ACCCCCAUGGUCUUGGUAACCUCGCCUGUCACACGUCAUCCCUGUAUUAACAUGAUGUCAUGGCCCUGUUUUCCUUGAUAAAAGACCCGUUGGUCCGGAUCCUGGUGCCGAAACUCCAGUCGCCCUUGCUAUGCCCCAUUUUUCCAAAGUAUUCAGAUCGGGGUGACGAUCCGGACCGUCCGGAACCCCGGAUCCUUCAGCUGAUCGGUGAGGAGGCGAGGGUCAGAGAGGGUCAGCUGCGCAAGUGUAAGAUCGUGGUGAGGGGUUCGGUUGAUUACUCGCUGAUCUCCGGGGUACCGGUGGAGAUCACUUGCGGUCGACUGGCCAGGAUCCACCAGCCCCCCAAGAACCCUAUGCAAAGCGGUACUCGGCAUCUCGGCCAUUGGCUGCUCGAUUUCGAUACGAAAGAACGAUGGGAGAACCCGAACAUGGGCUGGUGCUCCUCCGGGGACGCCGUUUCCAAUGUCCAAAUGCGAUUCGCCACCAAACAGGCCGCGAUCGAUUACUGUAAGAGGAACCAGAUGACCUUUUGGGUGCAACAAGACAAAACCAAGAAGAAAUUCAAGGUUAAAAAUUACGGGGAAAAUUUCCAUCAUAAGAACCGCACCAGGUUGUCCACUAAAUAGUGAGGGGUCGAUAAUAAACUUUACUGCUAAGA